CAGCCCGGGCUUUACUCCAGCCAGCCCCUCUUCGUUCACUCCCCUGACCCGGGCGCCCUGCUUGGGUCCGGCAGAAAUUGGUCCAGUUCAAGGUCUUCCCUCGCCCACCUGGGCUCUUCAUUGACUGGAACACAAGGGUGGUGGAGCCAGGGACCGAGCCCCAUCCUGAGUAGCUGAGUCUGUUUGGCCGGGGCAGGCGGUGAUCUUUCCUGAAAGAAGCGCUAGGGUCACAUCACUACUCAUUCUUCAGACUUUUCCUCCAGUGUCCAGUGCAUAUACACACACUUUUGAGAAAUGAGAACAGAUGACUCUGAAGCUGUUGAAGUGGGUUUGAGAUCAUGAGUACAAAGAAGCUUUGUUUAGCCGAGUGAAGGUAUCUGAUGUUGUCUGAAAUGCUGAGAAGAAAAUUUCGUUUUUGUCAUAUUUUACGCUGCAGGCACCUCCUUGUGCUACUUUUGACUUUAGUGGCCUUUUCGGUUCUAAAAAGUAACCAAAAGCCGGACUUCUUGAAUCACAGACAUCUAGAGCUGACUGGUGAAGAUCCUACCACUAAUAUUAACUGCUCUAAGAUACUGCAGGGUGAUAUAGAGGAAAUUCAAAAAGUAAAGCUUGAGAUGUUAACUGUGACAUUUAAGAAACGCCCUAAGCUAACAGCAAGUGAUUAUAUUAAUAUGACAACAGAUUGUGCCUCUUUUACCAAGAUGCGGAAAUAUAUUAUGGAACCUCUCAGUAAAGAAGAAGCUGGAUUUCCAAUUGCCUAUUCAAUAGUGGUAUAUCACAAAAUAGAUAUGCUUGAUAGACUUCUAAGAUCAAUCUAUGCUCCUCAGAAUUAUUACUGCAUUCAUGUUGACAAAAAGUCUCCAGAAUCUUUUCUGGCAGCAGUUAAGGGAAUUGUGUCCUGUUUCAAUAAUGUCUUUAUUGCCAGCCAAUUGGAGAGUGUAGUGUAUGCUUCGUGGAGCAGGGUACAGGCAGACCUCAACUGCAUGAAAGAUCUCUACAGGAGAAGUACAAACUGGAAAUAUUUGAUAAAUCUUUGUGGUAUGGACUUUCCUAUUAAGACCAACCAGGAAAUGGUGGAGAAAUUGAAAGCCCUAAAGGGUGAAAACAGCUUAGAAACUGAGAAAACGCCUUCCAGCAAAGAAAUACGAUGGAAAAAACACUAUGAAAUUGUUGAUGGUAAGCUAAAGAACAUGGGAAUAGACAAACAACCUCCACCUCUUAGUACACCUGUUUUCUCUGGCAGUGCCUAUUUUGUUGCUAGUAGGAGAUUUGUAGAGUAUGUGCUAGAAAACAGCAAAAUCCUUGAAUUUAUUGAAUGGGCUAAAGACACUUAUAGCCCUGAUGAAUACUUGUGGGCUACUAUUCAAAGAAUCCCUGAAGUCCCAGGGGCAGUUUCUUCCAGUGACAAGUAUGACGUUUCUGACAUGAAUGCUCUUGCCAGGUUUGUGAAGUGGCAUUAUUUUGAAGGGGAUGUGUCAAAAGGUGCCCCCUAUCCUCCGUGCAAUGGAAUUCAUGUGCGCUCUGUGUGUGUGUUUGGCGUGGGAGACUUGAACUGGAUGUUACAGAAACACCACUUAUUUGCCAACAAGUUUGAUACUGAUGUUGACCCCUUUGCAAUUCAGUGCUUGGAAGAAUAUUUGAGAGAGAAAGCUUUGAAUCAACACAAAAAUUAAAAUGCUAUCUUGUGUAUGGUAUGACAGCUUCACACCGAUAAGGCCGUCAUGCAGAUAAAAUAUUAAGUAUGUAGUGAUGAUUUACUAGUGUGUUGCACCUUACUCAUCGCCUUGGUAUGAGCAUCAGAAACUCCACUUGGGGUAUAUAUGAGAUGUUCGUUCAAUUGAGUCUCACCUGACUACUUUUUCCCUACAAAUUUCCAUACCACAUACUCUAUUAUUGGAAGAGGUCCAAGCCUCAAAAUGCAUAUUUGGGGUCAAGAGAGCUGCUCCGGUAGGUCCAGCUAUUCUUGUGUAAUAUUUCAAUAUUAGCCUUUCAGGGUUUUUUGAUCUCUGCUACUAUUCAAUCCAAAGACUUAAAAACCAGAACCCCCUGAUCUUGUGUGGCCAUAACUCAAUCCUUUUUCAUAAUCUUAAAUUACUGUUGGGCAAGGGGUGGAGAAAAAGCUAGACAGAACAAACAUGUAGAUGCAAAAGGAUCUCAGGGAAUGCAUAUCAGGAAUUCUUUAAAAACCAGUUAAAAGGGAAUUGACCAAUAUGCCAAUGUUAAGACUUUUGCAGUGGUUCCACGUGUAUUCUGGGAUACAUACCUCUGAAUCCUCUUUUCAGAAAACUUUGAAUUUAAGUUGAAAUAUUCACCAACCAGCUAAAAGGCCUUGUGUUUAAAGUACACUUCUUACAGUAAUGUUUUGUGUGCUUGUUUUAGUUUGUUAAAACUAUUUUAAAGUUUAACAAUUAGAUUUUAAUUUCAGAGAUGACAUUUAUAGCUCUAAUCUGCAAUGUCCAUCUUCUCAGGGGAAUUUAUUAUUCUGGGUCUGUUAGGAUAUAAAUGCUGAUAUCAAGUUUAUUUUGGUGCAUAAUGUCACUUUUCUACACUUGUAAUUUUUUUUAAUUAGUUGAGGAUUGAAUUGAAAUUCUUUUAUGUUGCAACUCUAACUGGCAGAGCAGAGCUGCUGGGUCAACUUUCUGAAAGAGUUAAUGUACAUCAGUCUACCCACUUGUAUUCCAGAACAUUUAAACAUUUACUGAAUAUCCAGAAAAAUAAAUUUAUUUUUCUAA